AUUCCCCCGCUCAAAAACAGGAUAGCUAUUGUCACUGUUUUGAUAGCAUUUUAUUUACUUUUGGAUAUCAGGACAUAAUUAGCUAGUUACCAACAUGGACAACUUUGCCCUCUAGCGUCGGACAGUCACUUCCCGGAAGCCGAGACACGAGGCGAGCACAACUGUUUUCACCGGCUUCUUUCUCUUUGUCCACCCAGCUCAUCAUCCACCUCCCGCAGAAGCAACACCAUGGCGACUGUUGUAGAUACAAAACUAUACGACAUCCUCGGAGUGUCUCCAUCCGCAACUGAAAACGAGCUGAAGAAGUCUUACAGAAAACUGGCAAAAGAAUACCACCCUGACAAGAACCCAAAUGCUGGUGACAAGUUCAAAGAAAUCAGUUUUGCCUAUGAGGUGCUGACCAACCCUGAAAAGAAGGAACUUUACGACCGCUAUGGAGAACAAGGCUUGCGGGAAGGAGGUGGGGGUGGCCCGGGGAUGGAUGAUAUCUUCUCCCACAUCUUUGGCGGUGGACUUUUUGGAUUCAUGGGUGGUCAGGGGAGUCGCUCCAGGAACGGGGGGCGGAGGAGAGGAGAGGACAUGGUCCAUCCACUCAAGGUGUCACUGGAGGACGUUUACAAUGGGAAAACGACUAAACUGCAACUUAGCAAGAAUGUACUGUGUAGCACGUGUAAUGGGAAGGGGGGUAAAACGGGCGCUGUACAAAAAUGUACAACAUGUAGGGGGAGUGGCAUGCGCAUCAUGAUCAGACAGCUGGCCCCAGGAAUGGUCCAACAGAUGCAGUCUUUGUGUACUGAUUGUAAAGGAGAAGGUGAAGUUGUCAGUGAGAAAGACCGCUGUAAAAAAUGCGAGGGCAAGAAAGUCGUGAAAGAGGUUAAGAUUCUGGAGGUACAUGUUGACAAAGGCAUGAAGCACGGCCAGAAAAUUACCUUUGGGGGAGAGGCUGACCAGGCACCUGGCGUCGAGCCUGGGGAUAUAGUCCUUGUGCUGCAGGAAAAAGAGAAUGAGACAUUCCGGCGAGAUGGCAAUGACCUGUUCAUGAACCACAAACUUGGGCUGGUGGAAGCGCUGUGCGGCUUCCAGUUUAUGCUGAAACACUUAGACGGAAGACAGAUAGUUGUGAAGUACCCUGCUGGCAAAGUCAUUGAACCAGGCUCAGUCAGGGUGGUGCGAGGAGAGGGCAUGCCACAGUACCGAAACCCUUUUGAGAAGGGAGAUCUGUUUAUCAAGUUUGAUGUCCAGUUCCCAGACAACAACUGGAUCAGCCCUGAGAAACUUGUGGAGCUGGAGGACAUGCUGCCCUCACGGUCAGAGCCGCCCAUCAUCACCGGAGACACGGAGGAGGUGGACCUGCAGGAUUAUGACGUCAGCCAGAGCUCGACGUCGGGUAACCGCAGAGAGGCCUACAACGACAGCUCCGACGAAGAAGGUGGCCACCACGGGCCAGGGGUACAGUGUGCCCACCAGUAGCCUCAUACUCUCUCACAUCCAUACACACACACAUGACCCACGUUGUACUUGGGGAGAAAAUGUAUGAGUUGCAGAGUAAACAAGGAGGUAGGUCAGACUGUAAAGGCUUGGUUGUUCCUCAGACACGGGUCAAAUAAACAUUGGAUCAUGGCACCUGGAAUUGUUGAUUAAUGUUAUUGGUUUGUGUGCUAGGAUUAUUUUGAUCUUUGUCUGAAGAACUCACACUGGGGCAGCCAAAGACUUAUUACACUGCACCUGAAAGGUAGAAGUUGUAUAAUAUAUUUAAGAUGUAUCAAAAGAAAUGGUUGCCCCUGUGAAUGCCAUUAAAGGUAGGACUUUGAUCUGGUGUUCAAGGUGAAUCCCUCAGCCCUCUCUACUCCUGUCACCCCUGUUAAAGUCCACUCCCCUCCACUAAUGGGAACUCCAGAUCAGUUGAAGACAGGAAUGUUUCUUGUUUGCUGAGUGUGUGACUUGCAUUUUGUUUUCAUAGUAUUUACAAUAAUUAAUUUAAGAACUAACCAAUGUGCAUACACAUACAAAGCAGCUGAGCAAUGUGACGUGCAGAUCUUUGGACUCAUGGAUUCAUCCACUCGGCACCAUUCGUAGGAUUUGUUUCUGAUUUUUACAGCUUUAUUUUCUUUGUAGGUUUUUUUUCCCCUUUAUAUUUUAAUUAAAACAGAAAAUUGGUUAUUGUGUAUAUCAUUCAUUGAACUGGUUGUUGGCAAGCUUCAUCAGCUGCUGUGUGAUUUUUAAAAAGAAAUGACAAGUGGAAUUGUAAAAACGUAUAGCCCGUAUCUGUGCUGAGACCAUGUGCAUGUAAAAAGCUUUGGUUCCCGCACUUCAAACAUCCAAUAAAGCAGCACACUUAAGAAAAUGUCUAUGAAGUUGUUGAAUAAAUUGUUGAAACACCA